AUGAAACGCCGGCAAGAGGCGGAGAGGAAACGGGUGGAGCUAGAACUACAGCUGAAAUUCGUGAAGGAGGAAGAGGACUUGCUAGCCGAGGAGUUGGGGAUAAAAGACAAUCCGGAAACAUCAACUUUGUUACCCUCCCAUGCGGCGGAUAAUAUGGUGCAGCACUCACAGCGGAAGGAGCGUGAACAAAUCCAGCGUGAAGGCGCGCAUCGUGGUACACCUACCGAAUUGCCCGUGUUUGCCGGUGACCCGGCGGACUGGCCGCUAUUCAUAACGUUUUACGAACACACCACGGAAAAGUGCGGACUUUCCAAUUGGGAAAACAUGCUACGACUGCAGAAGGCGCUGAAGGGUCCCGCGCUAGAAGCAGUGCGAAGCAGGUUGCUGUUGCCGGAGGUGGUGCCGCAAGUGAUAGCGACGCUACGAUCACGGUAUGGGCGAUCAACACAUCUCAUCUCGGCGUUGAUCGAUAAGGUGCAUAGAACCCCUGCACCGUGUUUGGAGAAGCCGGAAACUGUGGUUGCUUUCGGCGAGGCAGUGCAAAGCAUGGUGGACCACAUGAAGGCUGCUGGACGACAGGCGCAUCUGACCAACCCCCUGCUACUGAAGGAGAUCGUGGAGAAGCUGCCGAUAAGUGAGCAGUACAAUUGGACGCGGUUUGUAAGCCACAUCGAGGAGCCGGAUCUUCUGAUGUUCCGGGAGUAUAUGGCCGAGUUGCAGAGCACCGCGGAAGUGUUAAGCAGCCGGGAGUCACCAUCGUUGAAACAAGCGGAGCGCAAGAAACCCAGCACGAGAGGCUACGUGCACACGCACGUGGAGACGCAGGGAGCGACGCCAUCCGGAACGAAUCACUUUAAGGUAGGAAAAUCUUGUCUAAUUUGCGACAACAGAGGACACGAGGUGGAUAAGUGUUUCGUGUUUGGUGCGAUGGCGGUGAAGGAGCGCUGGAUGAAGGCGCGUGCACUUUCCUUAUGCUUCGGCUGUCUGGGGAAGCACAAUUGGCGGACGUGCCACAACAGACCAGUAUGCGGCAGGGAGGGGUGUACGUACCGGCAUCAUGCGUUGUUGCACGGCGCAGAUGAGGAGCGUGGGGUCAGUAACGGGACCAGUGCUUCGGUAUCGGUUCGAGAUGGCGGAAACAACGGAGGUGCUGUAGCGGAAAGUAAUCACCACCAGCACGCGUUAUCUUCUUCGAAUACGCUCUUUCGCAUUGUACCCAUCACUGUGUAUGGCCCGACGUCCACGGUGACAACGUUCGCCUUUUUAGAUGAAGGUUCGUCCAUGACGUUAGUGGACGAGGAUUUAGCGGAAGAAUUGGGUGUCGAAGGGGAGGUGGAACCUCUCUGCAUCCGUUGGACCGGAGACACUACCAGGGUUGAGGCUGGUUCCAGGCGCGUAAAUUUCAAGGUGGGACCCGUCGGUUCCGCAAAGAGUUUCGCGAUCAACUCGGUACGGACGGUUCCUAAGCUGAAUCUACCUCGUCAAUCCUUCGUACCGGACGAAGGAAGGUGGGAACAUCUAAAACGCCUACCGGUAAGGGAAUAUCAUGAUGCAGAACCCAAGGUGCUAAUCGGGUUGGACAACCUGCGAUUGAUGGUCCCUCUCCGGACAAUAGAAGGAGCGGCUGGUGACCCCAUCGCGGUAAAGACGCGAUUAGGUUGGUGCAUUUAUGGGAAGCCGAUGAAGGUGGAAUGUGAACGGCUGUUGCACAUUUGCGAAUGCAACAACCAGGCAGAGAUUCUCGAAACGAUGCGCAAGUUCUAUGACUUAGAACAGGUGGGAGUUGUUCGCGUAGUCGAAUUAGAUCCGGAUGUACGACGUGCGCAACACCUUUUGGAAACAACUACUGUUCGUAUCGGCAAGCGUUUUGAAUCGGGUCUCUUGUGGAAGGCGGACGAUAUACAGCUUCCUUCUAGUAUCGGUAUGGCAAGUCGCAGGUUCGAUUGCCUGGAGAAAAGGAUGGAACGAGAUGGGCAGCUCAAGCUGCAAGUACGCCGCCAGAUUCACGAUCUUUUGGAAAAGCAAUACAUACACAAGGCUACGGCGCAAGAACUGGCGGAGGCUGACCCGAAACGGAUUUGGUACUUGCCAAUAGGAUUGGUGACGAACCCAAACAAACCGGGAAAGGUUCGUUUGAUUUGGGAUGCGGCGGCUAAGGCACAGGGUAUUUCGCUGAACGACGUGCUGCUCAAGGGACCGGAUGAGGUUAUGUCUCUACCUGGCGUACUUUUCCGCUUUCGUCUGUAUGCAGUGGCGACGUGUGCAGACGUGAAGGAAAUGUUUUUGCAAAUUAAGUUGCGAAAAGCAGACAAGCAUGCACAGCGCUUCUUAUGGCGGGAUGAUCCUGCACACGAGUUGGAAACCUACAUCGUGGACGUCGUGACGUUUGGGUCUACGUGUUCACCGGCUACAGCACAGUACGUCAAAAAUCGAAACGCAAGGGAGCACAUCGAACAAUUUCCACGAGCGGUAGAGGGCAUCCUUGAGAGUACCUACGUGGACGAUUUCUUGGACAGUUUCGGGACGGUAGAAGAGGCGUGUCAGGUAGCCAAGGAGGUAAGGGAGAUAUUCCGCAACGGUGGGUUUGAACUCAGGAACUGGAGCUCAAAUGAUUUGAUGGUUACAAAAUCUCUCGGCGAGUCAGAUGGCGGUACCAUCAAAUGCUUAUCAUCUACGGGAGAUGAUACGGAACGCGUGUUGGGGAUGCGUUGGAAUCCUGCAUCCGAUGAAUUAGGAUUCUGCACUCGGGCGUGCACGGCGGUAUCAGGCGUUCUAACUGCAGAGCGGAUUCCCACGAAGAGAGAGGUAUUACGGUGCGUUAUGUCGUUGUACGAUCCCCUUGGACUGCUGGCGAUGUUCGUAAUACACGGGAAGAUUUUAAUACAAGAUCUAUGGCGAACCGGCACGCAGUGGGAUGAGGAGAUUAGUAGCAACCAAUACAGAGACUGGCGCAGAUGGGUGGAUCUUUUCCAAACGAUUGCCGAUAUACGCAUACCUCGAUGUUACUUCACGGAAGCCUGUAUGAAGACGUACGAGAACAGCGAAUGGCAUUUGUUCGUCGACGCCAGUCAACACGCAUACGCAUGCGUAUUGUACCUCCGCAUUGUCGACGACACGGGUGAGGCGCAAUGUACUCUUGUGGGAGGAAAGGCUAAGGUUGCGCCAUUGAAGCCACUCACCAUACCGAAGCUAGAGCUUCAGGCGUGCGUUUUGGGUGCGCGAUUUCUGUUAUACACGCAGGAACAUCAUCCAAUCAAGGCUAAACGACGAGUGCUUUGGUCGGACAGUACCGUCGCCUUGUCAUGGAUAAGAGCAGAUCCUCGAAACUACAAACCUUUCGUGGCCCAUAGAGUGGUCGAGCUUUUGGAGAGCACCUCGGCGAAUGAAUGGCGAUGGGUGCCGACUGACCACAAUCCGGCGGAUGAAGCGACGAAGUGGAAAGGAAGAUCGAACUUCAGUUACGACAGCACGUGGUUUCAAGGACCAUGGUUCUUGCAGGAAAAGGAAGACAGCUGGCCGAAACAGAGGUCGGUUGAUACCGGCACAGCGGACGAGGAACGACGAGUAAAUUUGCAUGUCGAAGCCACCGACACAGGAUUGUUACCAAUUCCUUACGAGAGGUUUAGUAAACUAGAGAGGCUGCAGAGGACGAUUGGGUGGAUCGUAAGAUAUGUGGGCAAUCUAGGCAGGAAGGUGAAAGAUGAACCAGCGCUAGGAGGGAACCUCAAGCACGAAGAACUCUGCAAGGCAAACGUUGUUUUGUGGAAGCAGACACAGCGUGAGUUCUUUCCGGAAGAAAUUCUUAUCCUGAACAGCGAGAAUGGCGGCGAUGGAUCUAAAGGAAAAACGGUAUCUAAGCGAAGUCGUAUUUACCAACUGCUACCAUUUUUGGAUGAAGAAAACGUGUUACGCAUGCGUGGGAGAAUAGGAGCGGCGGCGGAAGUUCCGUACUGCGCAAGGUAUCCUGUGAUUCUUCCAAACAACUGUAAACUGGCGGAGCUGAUAGUGGAUCGGUACCAUCGAGUCUAUCGUCAUGCUAACAACGAAACGGUGGUGAACGAGUUGCGUCAACAAUUCCAGAUUCCUAAGUUGCGAGUAUUGGUGAUGAAGGUAGCGAAGAGUUGUGCAUUUUGCACAAUACGGCGGUCGCUACCACAAAUUCCACCAAUGGCACCUUUACCUAAGGAGAGGUUGGCAGCUUUCGUCAGGGCAUUUACCUUCGUUGGACUGGAUUACUUUGGACCGGUGUUGGUAAAGAGAGGAAGGUCAAACGAAAAACGGUGGGUAGCACUAUUCACGUGUUUGACCAUACGAGCCGUGCAUCUGGAGGUGGUGCACAGUCUGUCAACGGAAUCGUGUGUAAUGGCGGUCAGGCGAUUCGUGGCGCGGCGUGGUGCUCCUGUGGAAAUCUUUAGCGACAACGGGACCAACUUCGUGGGUGCUAGCCGACAACUGCAGAGGGAGAUCCAGCAGCGCAAUGACAUCCUAGCGGCAACUUUCACCAACGAGCACACCCGUUGGACCUUUAACCCGCCUGGUGCUCCACAUAUGGGUGGAGUAUGGGAACGUAUGGUACGCUCAGUGAAGGCAGCGAUUAGCACAGUGAUGGAGGUGAAGAACACUCCUGAUGAUGAGACGUUCGCAACAGUUCUCUACGAUGCUGAGGCUAUGAUCAAUUCCAGACCGUUGACCUAUGUUCCGUUAGAUCCGGAGAACCAGGAGGCGAUCACACCAAACCACUUCCUGUUAGGGAGUUCUUCGGGGAUCAAACAACAACCAGCGUUACCGACGAACUAUAGGGACAGUUUAAGAGGAAAUUGGAAACUAGCACAGCAUAUCCUGGACGGUGUGUGGAAAAGGUGGAUUAAGGAGUACCUGCCAGUUAUCACGCGACAGUGUAAAUGGUUUGAAAAUGUCCGUGAGAUUAGGUCAGGAGAUUUGGUACUGGUGUUAGAAGGUACAAUUAGGAACAAUUGGAAUAGAGGAAUUGUUGAAGACGUUAUAAGAGGAGUCGAUGGCCAUGUGCGGCAAGCAUGGGUUCGGACAGCUACAGGGACACUAAGAAGACCAGUGGCGAAGCUAGCCUUACUUGACCUGAAGACUCAAGGUGACCAUACGUAG